AUGAGAGAAUAUGUUUCUGAUAAAGAAUUGGAGCAACCCUUGUGUGUCGCAUACACUGAAAAUGGGAUAAGACUGGUUCAGCGUGAACAAUCACAUCAGUUACCUUCAGAAGGAACCAAAGGAGUUGCAAAUAUUUCAUACCCUACUCCUCUUACAUUUGGAGAAGCGUUUGAGAAAUUAUAUCAGUGGAUGACCGCGACCACUUUGCUACUAAGGGGCUCGUCGAGCACUUAA